AUGACGCUCUGGGCACUUCUUGCCACCCUGGCAGCCUUUCCUGAAGCAGUCCAUUCGGAGGUUGGCGAGCGCCCCAGGGACCAGUUCCUUGAUGAGGUCGAUGAGGUUGGGGAGCAUCUCAUGCUCAUUCAGGUCACCGCUCAGACGCAGAGCAUGAAUGAUACCAUGAAGGAGGUCGUCGACACAUUGAAAGACGAUGUUCAGAAGGUUGCAAACUUUGUCUUUGAGCGUCGGCCCAACCAAACAGGGAGCAACAGUGGGAGUGAAGUGUAUCAAGAACAACUCGGGCUGAAGACCAACAGCAGCUUAGAUGUGGAGACGUUGCGAACCUCAUUUGUGUUCAACUUGCUUCUGAUCCUUACAUAUUUGGUGGCCUUUGCCCUGCUUCAGCAUUUUCAGCCCAUUGUGUAUUUGGACAACAGCCGCCGCGGUCGAUCGCCUGAACCGCGACCUUCCUACUACGGCUGCACGUUGAGCCGGGAUGAGAUUCAGGAAUAUUCCGGCUUGGAUGGGGCACUCUUAGUGGAAUUCUGCCAUCUUGGCAUGAAGAUUUGUGCGUACAUCGGCAUCCCAAUCGCCCUCGUGUGCCUUCCAUCCUACUAUGUCCUCGGGAAACAUCCAGGUGCGUAUGGAGAUCAGUGCCCCAACGCUGUUCAUCACACACCUCGAAGCUCAUUGGAUUUGUUUAGCAUCGCCUCACUCCGGUGUAACCUCACCAUGCGCUGGGCGCUGGCAGUCUUCACUUGGCUGGUCGUAUGGGGUGUCCAGCGGAUGCUUUGGGAUGCGCAGAAGAUCUUCGUGCAGAGGCGCAUCGAGUGGCUCCAGAGGAGGCCCAAACCACAAAGCUCCACGAUCCUCGUCUCCAACAUCCCUCCCCGCUAUCGUUCGGACUCAAAGCUCAAAACGUACUUCGAGCGGCUCUUCCCCGAUGGCACCAUCGAGAGCGUCUACAUCGUGAAGCAUUUGCAUGGUUUGGUUGGUCUCUUGCAGGACUUCGAUGACGCUGAGCAAAAGCUUCAUGAAGCUCACUAUCAGUGGAUGCAGCGCAAUCAGGACCCUGAGAUGAGGCCCAAGAUCACUUUGCAACAAGAGGCCGAGCCGGUGGACAGCAUCGAGCACUACACGCGACUACUGGAGCAUCUCACCCGGCUUGUGGAGACCGAACGGCAACAGAUCAAGAGCGCUGAUGCCUUCACCCAGGAGUCGCUCUGCGGCGCCAGUGGCUUUGUGACCUUCAAAGCCUCGCGCGACGCGGAGAUGGCCUUGCGCCUGCGCUUGGAACCCGAAGGCCACCUCUUCACCAUGAAGUACGCGCCAGCACCCAAAGACGUCGCCUACGAGGAUCUUCUCGCCAGUCCCUGGCAAAGGCAAGUGUCCCAUCUCUUUGGCUAUGUGCUGAUCUUCACCGUUUUCCUCUUGUUCUUCCCCUUCAUCGGCCUGGCGUCGUCCAUCGUGAAUCUGGAGAACUUGGAGCAGAUGGCCUUCAUCAAACAGAUUAUCACCAGCUCGAGCUGGCUCCAAUCAUUUCUUGAAGGUAUUUUUGCCACCCUCUUGCUGUCGCUCUUCAUGAGUUUCCUGCCCACCACUUUGUCUUUCAUCAUUGAUAAGACCUUCACGCUGACCUCCCGGGCUGAGAGCCAGCUCUAUUUGCAAGAGUGGUACUAUUGGUUUCAGGUGAUCUUCGUGUUGCUGGUCACGGCGGUCGGGACCUCUCUGUGGCAACGCUUCAACGAUGUCUUGACCUCACCCAAGGGUGUGCUGUUUGACUUUGCAGGCAGCCUUCCAAAUACGUCUACCUUUUACAUCGACUACGUCAUUUUGCAGUGGUCCGUGACUGUCCUGAAUGUCCUGCGCUAUCAGAACCUUGUCAAGUUCUUGGCAUGGAACACGAUUUGUGAUGAAGAUCGCGCGAAGAACAAGUCCGAACCGGAAGACCAGGACUACUACGGCGUUGGCUCUCGAAGCGCUCGCUUGAGCCUGGUUUUGGCGAUCGGCUUGGUCUUCAGCCUGCUGUCGCCCUUCAUCCUGAUCGUGGUGUUCCUUUUCUUCCUCAUCAACCGCCUAGUCUUCGGUUACUUGUUGGUCUUCGCAGAGCUGCCGAAGCCGGACCUGGGCGGCAUCUUCUGGGCGCAGCAGCUGCGUCAUGUUCACCUCAUCCUGCCGAUCUUCGUUUUGACAAUGAGUGGAUGCAUUUGGGUGGAGCCCUAUGGCGGGCCUGGGAUGUUCUGCUUGCUAAGCUUGGGCAUUUGGGCCUAUGAAUAUUCCCGCUGGUCUGACAUUCUAUGGGAAACACUGCCUUUCCGGGCGGUGGUCGAAGGGGCUGAGAGAGGCACCGACACGUCAGAGGAAAGAUAUGUACAGGAAGAGCUCACAAGAACCCUCCGCACCAAGACACCCGCCAUCAAGGCUGGUUAG